AUGCAUCUGUUGGUUCUAUUGUAUGUGGAUGAUAUGAUAAUUACUGGAGAUAAUGAAGUUGAGAUUUCUAUGUUGAAAAAUGAGCUAUCAGUUCGUUUUGAGAUGAAAAACUUGGGAGAGGUUGGCUGUUUUCUUAGUCUAGAAGUAGAAAAAUCAGAUCAAGGGUACUUUAUUUCUCAAAAAAGAUAUGCAGAGGAACUUUUACAGCAUUUUGGCAUGGGGGGGUCAAAAGAAAAAGCCACUCCAAUGGAGCCACAUCUCAAGCUAAUGAAGAAUGAAGGACAGGAGUUAAAAGAUGCUGGAAAAUUCAGACAACUUGUUGGUAGUUUAAUUUAUUUAACUACCACAAGACCUGAGAUUGCAUAUUCAGUUGGUGUCAUUUCCCAAUUUAUGCAAAAUCCAAGAACUUCACAUUUAGAUGCUGCUAAGAGGAUUCUACGAUAUUUUAAGGGAACUACUAAUUAUGAUCUUUUGUAUAAGAAAGAAAGUAGUUUUUUGUUGAAAGGAUACACUGACCCAGACUGGGCAGGCAAUGCAAAUGAUCGUCGAUCAACUUCAGGAUACUAUUUUAGUGUUGGUUCUGCUGCUAUUUCAUGGUGUAGCAAGAAGCAACCCACUGUUGCUCUGUCCAGCACUGAAGCUGAAUAUAUGGCAGCAACAAUGGCAACGCAAGAAUGUGUUUGGCUGAAGCAUUUGAUGGGAGAUAUUUCUGGUGCAGUUGAUUAUGCUGUACAAAUUCAAUGUGACAAUGAGAGUGCUGUUAGACUUGCUGCAAAUCCAGUCUUUCAUGCACGAACAAAACACAUUGAAGUUCGUCAUCAUUACAUUCGAGAGAAGGUGCUGGAUCGAGAAAUUGAGCUGAAGGGAAUUUCCACACUAGAUCAAGUUGCUGACAUAUUUACAAAGGCCUUAGGGAAGGCUAAGUUUUAA